AUUACUACUCACUCUCUUCUGGCUGUAUAGGCUUACCUCAUCGUCAUCUACAGCGGAGUAUCUCGCGAUAUUAUACUGUUUAUACUGUUUCUCGCACGCGUUUUUGUGUUAUUCAAUCCAGGAUUUCAACUGGCUCUUGCCGGUCGCUGUCGUCGUCGAAUUGGCCUUCUUUAAUAGCACUGCGAUCACUCCUACUGCUACUAUGCAGCCCGCACUAGCCCCAGCACCGCAUCCAAGCAUGCAAACCUCUGCUCAGGACCAUGCGGAUCAGGUGCUCCAUGAUCAGCUUCUAGCGGCCCAGCAGCACCUGUCCCAUCCCCAGGCCCGUCCGCCGCAACCUCCACCUGCGCAACCUCCGCAUAUGCAGCCGAAUGCUAGCCCCCGCGACCAGAACAACAUUGACCCGGCUAUCUCCGGUGCUUCGAUGCUCGCCGGUCCUCCCCCUCAGACACCUCCCCAGCAGGAUCCGUCCGGCCCCGAGUCUCCCAAGAGCUUUAGCAAGCGGCCAUUGUCGACUUCCAAGCGGGCUGCUCAGAACCGUGCUGCGCAGAGAGCAUUCCGUCAACGAAAAGAAACCUACAUCCGCAAAUUGGAGGACCAGGUGAAGGACUUUGAAAACAUGUCCGACGGGAUUAAAAAUCUACAGACUGAGAACUACCAGCUCAGAGAAUACAUCAUCAACUUGCAAUCGCGGUUACUCGACACCCAGGGUGAAGUGCCCGAACUUCCAGGAAACAUUGAUCUGAGCCAGCCCCGGACGGAAAUGCAGAUACCACCGGCUGUAUCCAACCCGAACUCUGCCGGUCCUGCUCCUACAGGGAACCCUCAGCAGCAGCCCCAGCCUCACCAAAACGCGGCCGCAUCGAACGACGAUAUGAACUCGCUGAACCGGAUAGCGGUUGCCGGUCUGGGAAUGCGGAAACACCCGAACGAGGACCCGAAUUACUUGGCCAGCAGCCAGUUCCAGAACAAACGUCUCCGUGGCGAUGAGGGUCAGCACGACCCCGAUGUCACCAAGACAGAGCCAACACACGGGUUGCCUGUUGUCUCGUGAAUAUGGCGUGGACCGCGUCCUUGUUGAUAAUAACAUACCAUCAGCGACUAUUUUCUCGUUUCUUUGCUUCUUUUCGGUGUGCGGCGUGUUUAUUGGACCAGUUUGAUGUCUUUCGUUUCGGUGGGUGGUGUUCUGCGCGUUUUUCUUUUUUCUGACUGGAUUUGAAAGGACGGGAGGAGGGGAUUGUAGCUGUCCUAUUGCUGGGAUCUGUUUUUUAUGGUAUUGAACAAUAUCCUAGUUUCGAAUGUUUGAUAUCUAUCACAUAUAUUACUAUUUUUGAGGUAUAAUCGCGCACAAGUCUUCAAAUUGCUGGGUCUAUAUACAGGAAAGCCCAAUACCAU